GUCCGUGCGCACUGCGGCCGCGCCAGGCAGCCCGCCCACCCCUAGUUCCAACAUGGCGGUCGAGUGUGCGGGGGAGCGCUCGCGGGCUCUCGCUAGUGUUAGCUAAGCAGUUUGAUGUGCUCUCGGAUUACUUACCUGACUCCUCCACCAUGCAGAAGGAGAACAGUCACCCUCCAGACCACCACCAAUAUGUGGGUCCGUACAGGCUGGAGAAGACCCUGGGGAAGGGGCAGACUGGUCUGGUGAAACUUGGGGUACAGUGCGUGUCCGGCAAGAGAGUAGCUAUAAAGAUUAUUAACAGAGAAAAAUUAAGUGAAUCCGUUUUACAGAAG